AGUGCGUAAUUGACUUGCGACCGAGUGGCUGAGCUUCAAUCUCCAAAUGAAGUGAAAAUCUGGGCACUUGGGUAGCCAUUUUAUCGUUUGAUCAGUGGUUUUUAGACGUAUUAUCGUGGUGUAUUAUUUACUUUUUGCGUUGCAUCUUAUCUAUCAUUCUAAUCAGUGGCUGUGACUCAAUAGUGCGUCUUCUUUAAGAGCGAUUAGAUAAAGAAACUGGAACCAGAAAUGUGUGUGUACGGAUCGUGUUGACACAGGACGAAUUCGCGACAUCCGCUUUUGCAUCCGAGUUCAUCCUUGGUGCUUCAGGCGGGGUGUAGAAAUCAACUCGAAGCCCUGGAAGGUUUAAAAGUCCAAACCAUGGGCAACAAUGCCGCUACGGCGAACAAAAAGGUCGAUUCUGCCGAGAGUGUGAAGGAGUUCCUUGACCAGGCCAAGGAGGACUUCGAGGAAAAAUGGAAAAAGAACCCGACGAACACCGCCUGCUUGGACGAUUUCGAGCGCAUCAAGACGCUCGGGACGGGCUCCUUCGGCCGCGUCAUGAUCGUCCAGCACAAGCCCACCAAGGAAUACUACGCCAUGAAGAUCCUCGAUAAGCAGAAGGUGGUCAAACUAAAGCAGGUGGAACACACCCUGAACGAGAAGCGCAUAUUGCAGGCCAUCAGCUUCCCGUUCCUCGUCAGCCUGCGGUUUCACUUCAAAGACAAUUCUAACCUGUACAUGGUGCUGGAGUAUGUGCCCGGGGGUGAGAUGUUCUCGCACCUGAGGAAAGUCGGACGCUUCUCGGAGCCGCACUCGAGAUUUUACGCGGCCCAAAUCGUGCUCGCAUUCGAAUACUUGCACUACCUAGAUCUGAUUUACAGAGAUCUGAAACCGGAGAAUCUGCUAAUCGACUCGCAGGGCUACCUCAAGGUCACGGACUUCGGAUUCGCGAAGCGCGUCAAGGGCCGCACCUGGACCCUGUGCGGCACCCCCGAGUACCUCGCCCCCGAGAUCAUCCUCAGCAAGGGCUACAACAAGGCGGUGGACUGGUGGGCGCUGGGAGUGCUGGUCUACGAGAUGGCGGCCGGUUAUCCGCCCUUCUUCGCCGACCAGCCGAUUCAGAUCUACGAGAAGAUCGUCUCCGGGAAGGUGCGCUUCCCCUCCCACUUCGGCUCUGACCUGAAGGACCUGCUGCGCAACUUGCUCCAGGUCGAUCUCACCAAGCGCUACGGGAACCUGAAGGCCGGCGUCAACGACAUCAAGGGCCACAAGUGGUUCGCGUCCACGGAUUGGAUCGCGAUCUUCCAGAAGAAGAUCGAGGCGCCCUUCAUACCGAGGUGCAAGGGACCUGGGGAUACGAGCAAUUUCGACGAUUACGAGGAGGAGGCGUUGCGCAUAUCGUCGACGGAGAAGUGCGCCAAGGAGUUCGCAGAGUUCUGAAUUUUUUUAUGUGUAAGUAGCCUUGCCAUUUCCUCAGGCUAUUGACGGACUUCCAGCCCUGUGUUUGUAAGGUUGGCAACUCUGCACCCUGUCACUUCAUUUAUAGUAACACGGGGGACUCAUCGAAUCCAAUACAAGUAUUACGUGAUGGAGAUUUUAGUGUAUUAUAAUUUUAUUGUAAUUUUAUUUUUUAGUCAUUGUAAAUAUUGUAUAAUAGCCGGGUUAGGUUGCACUAUUUACAUUAAAUAGUGGGCAUUUUUUUUCUUUUUUCUUUAACACACUUAACGAGUGCAGAGUGCCCAAUCUAAGCUGUGAAUUCGCAUUAUGGUACAAACCCACCUUUUUAAUAUUGUAAGAUCAAGACCUCCGGCGACAAUGCCCGUCUCACAUUACUUCCAGAUUACUCUGAUUCAGUUGUUAGUAAGCUGACAAAGCAUUUUUAUUUACGUUAUUAGGCACCAAACAUGUCUCCUAGUCACUACUAUGUAGUUACUGUACUAUGAUUGUUAUUACCAUUAGUUAUAUGUAUACAAACACAAUAUAAGUAGUUAGAAUGAAAUUCUUUCUGGCAUUUUAUUUUGUUAACAAAAUGUUUGACAGCUUAAUAAUGAUUAGGACCUGUACAUGUAACAUAGACGAGACAACCCUUCACGUGUGUGUAGAUAACAAAUCCUGUUUGUGGCGAAGCGAAUGAUCUGAAUGAUAUUUUAUUAUUUAUAAAUCCAAAAGAAGCGAAAGAUGUUCAAAAAAUAACUGUAAUGUGCAAAUAAAAUUAUACAGGUGCCCAAGGUCGACACCUCAUAAACUCUGGAAAUCAUAAAUUUAACCAAUUUAUCACCCAUUAAAAAUAACUGUAGUAAUAAUUGUAGAAAUAAAUUUACAGCAAGUCUUGACUACGUCUGAGAAGACGUCUACUUUUAUUUUUAAAUUCUUUAUUUUAAUACACAUUAUGUGGUCGCCAUUUUACAUUAUUUGCUGUAAUAAUUGUCUGUAAAGCGUAGCCAACAGUAAUGUUAAUUAAAUUGAUGCAAACUAUAAUUAACGUAACAGCUGGCACUUUUUUUAGAACGCAGCCCCAAUUUUAUCGCAUUUUUGACAAAUCGAUAAUAUCCAUCACUUUUAUUGCCAUAGGUUGUUGUAAAAUUUACAGCAUUGAUAACUUUAAUGAUUCUAGUAUUGGGACGCUUUGUGUAUUUUUCAACUUCAAUACAUAUUCGACGAUCGUCUUAUUAAACUUACGAAAUUUAGCUUUAACUAGCCAAGAUUAAAUAGGACCGAUUUUUAAAAUGCGUAGACACUCUUAAAUUUCCCUCGUCGUUAGCAAGAGUCUGUGAUGAGGUCUUCGCUUUUCAUUCCCAGAAAACUGUCGUGCGUUUUGUUGUAUUUUUCUAGCGCGGAAUUUAUAUACAGGAAACCAGUUUGUUUGGAAAGUAAAGCCCUCUUACCAUAAACCAGCAAAAUAAACAAAUACGCAAAUUUAUCCUAGAUAAAACUCAGUCAUUCAUGCUAAUUUGGUGUUCCGAGUGGCCAUAUUUUCGUUGAUAAAGUUUAUAAUAAUAUUAAUAGAAAAGCGUUGCGUAAUGAAAAGAGGGAGGUGUUGGGCUAGUUUCGCGAAACAGUUGCAGUAGGAUCGACAUAAUAGUAAACAGAUUUCAUCACCUCUAAACAUGACAACUCUAAUAAAAUACGUUGAAGUGAAAUCUUGAAUACCUCAUGUGAUACUAACUAACAGGGUUUGUCGUAGUGGUAUUCAGUAGGUUGAACAGAAAAAUCAUAGCAAAUUAAUUUAAAAUGUCUUGUAAAAAGUCCAGGUUGCCAGUUAUGCAAAUGUUAGAAAAUUAUGAUUGACGUGGUGGAAACGAACGUAAAAAUUCGGUGAAACUGUUGAUGCGAUUUCUGAUUGGCGAAUUUUUUCGGUAAAGUGGAACGAAUUGCGUAGGUUUAAAAAAAGUUUCCUCUCGUUUGUGCAACUGGUCAUCAAAGAAUAAAACUGUCAAUUGAAUAAAUAGGUGACACUUUAUAAAAGUAGAAACGGACAGAACGUGUUGCUUUCAUUAUGUCGGAAUACGUUCAAUUGGUUUUUGUUUUUUCAACUUUGGUAGAGAAAGUAUUUGAAUUCGUUUUAUGAGUUUAGUAGUUGGUUAUUUUUACGUCUGGCUGUAAACAUUUUAUUAUGUAUUAUUUUUAGGUGAUUUAUGUAUCAUUGUUUGGAAUUUUACAGUGGUAUGAAAACACUAUUUUAAUCGAAAUUUGCUCCUAAAUUGUAAAUUUAAUCAAUUCGAAUUAUAGCUGCGGAAAUAAUUGAAUUUUGUUGUGAACAUUUUCGAAUUUAUCGCUUUUGAUUUAUCCUUGCGAAAAGAGGGAUGUGUACACAAAAAAAUCGCAUUAAAAUUUCGUAUUUGUCUUUUAUUUCAUUAUGCUUAUUUAAUCUCGCACGUCGUGAAAAUCUAAUUGCACUGUUCUCGUUUCAGCUAGAGGAAAAAUUCAGAAUUCAGGGCACAGAACACGUAAAGUGAUGUUUUUCAAGUGUCUAGUGUUUGCCAGAAUCCUCCAUCUUAAUUAUAUUUAUUGUUGUGCCGAAUAAAGUGCUGGUUCUUUUCAAUAUCUCGGUUUACGCCUUUUUAAUUAUCGGACGAGUUGCUUACGGCCAGUUGAAUCAUUUCAUUGUGAUAUUUUCAUGUGGAAAACACCAAUUGAAUCGUGUAAAUAAUUCGAUUGCAAUUAUUUUUUGAACAUUUGUAAGCGUUUGCUUUAAAUUUGCCAUAUAUUGUCAAUUGUUUAGUUGUUAAGUUGUAUUGCGUAAACAUUGUUGUUUUAUUUAUAUCGGAAACUAUCGUGGGGAUGAUGUUCAUCGUCCACGCUUGAGAUUUGUAUGUAUUUUUAGUGUAGUUUAUUUUUACGUUACCUGUGUUUUUGGUGCUUUGCGAAAAUAGCUUUAUUUCUAUUAUGAGAUGUUGAAUACAGUGCAAACGGUGUUUAUGUCUUGACUAUACUUAGUACAUCUCCUCUUGUAGACAAGUAUUGGUAAUCCUCUCCUUACUUAGCGAUUCGACCUCAAAACAAUGCAGUGUUUUAUAGGACGGGUAGGCGACAUUUGACAGUCCAAACUCGCCUCUAUUUAUAAAACAGACAUCUAUCUUAAGUAUAAUAACACUUAAUCAUUCUCCUACUCCCCUAGAAUAACUAUUUCGGUUGCAUUGUGAUUAGGACAUUAAGUUGUACAAAGUAGCGCGGUUCAAGGACGAUUCAAUUCGGGUUUUUCCAGGAUGGCAUUCGAAGGGGUCGAAUCGUAUAUGCGUCGCACAGCCGACAUAGGUUGGAUGCACCCUCGAUUUUCACGGAUUCAAGCGUAAAGUAUAUGGCGGAAUUUAUGUUACGGCCGCGUAACACGCCUAUCCAGUAUUCUGAUCCUCGAGAGAAAGGCUAGACACUCGGGUAUGAUAUUUUAUGAGCGAGUUAUGCAACAGUUUCAAAAGUACGGACACGUUGCAAAAAAUGGAAUGAUUUAAAUGUCAUAAAAAUGUAAGUGGGAGGCAAUUAAUCCGAAAUUGAAAAAUUGGGAAUAUUUUAGGGGAUUUGGGGGAUUGCGGAUGCAAUUACGGAUCGAUUGGUUCGGUAAUAAUUUUUAUGAGUUAUCUGGACAAGUGUAAGCCUUUCCGGGAAAAGCGAAUAUCUAACAGGCGUGGUGCGUGUCGCAACUGUACUUUUGUCACCUACUGUACAUGCAUCUAGCAUCCAUUGAUAUUUUCGCGAUCGUGUCCCCGCGGACUGCAAGUUGUAAAUAUAAUUCAUGAAAUUCCUAAAUCACGGCUUUGUUUCGAUGUGCGAUUAAGUAUGAAUGGAAAGAAAGGGAGCGAUGAAAGCGACCUUCGGCGGUUGUUCCUUUCCAUUGUACAUCAUGUAAUCGUUAGAAUCCGACUGCAAGUGCUUCUAGAGUAUGUAAAUGUAUGUACUUCAUCAACACUGUCACUCCAUCGAUCCACACACCGCUCUUUAUGGUUAUUAAUAUUAUUAUAAUUGAUAAGUAAUUGUGCUUUACAAUUCCCGUUGUGUCCAAAUGCGCUGAUCGGUCAUAGUAGAUAGCCUUUAUAGGAAUUGGAAACACAUGUGUACAUUUUAUCUUAGAUAUAGGCCUUACAUAUGGGGUUCGGGUAGCGGGGGUGCGUUCGUAUACACAUACACACGCAUCGGAUGAAUAUUCUAAAAGAAACCGUUAUCGUUUUCGUCGUUUUUACUUGUUCCUCUGUUAUCAAAGUUUGACGUUACCCGGACUUCAUACUGGACGUUCAUAGUCGAUCAGAGUACGUUAUUAAUGUAUCAGAAACUGAAAAAUGUUUUGCAGAGGAUGUGGAUUUUUAUGUUUGUUGUAUCAUGUUGAGUUUACCUGUAUAGAUUUUUGUCCUCUAACUAAUGCUACCUAUCAAAUAUUGUCAUUUAGCGCGCUGUUCUUUAAAAACCAGUUUUAAAAUGUUGUUUUGAACAAAUUAAGGAAUAAAACAAAGACUAUCCUA